UGUAACAUUCAAACAAGUAGAGAUAAUAAAAAUGCGGUAUGAAAAGGAAUAAAAAUCAGGAGAACUGUGAUCACCAUGUUCCUAUGGAUAAGGAUGGAAGGAUAGUAACUAUGGUUAUUUCUCGACAGUACACCUAGAUCGUGGAUGAAAAUAGAUUUUUAGUUGUGGAGUCACACGGAUGCUCUAGAUAUAAUUCGUGGCAAUUUCGUGAGUGAAUUGGCAGCCAUUUUUAAACUGCUUACUUAGUAUAAUAGAGUAGGAAGGAUAUGAAUAAUGAGAAAUCGGAUCACGAGAUAAUAAUAUGUAAACGCGUGAUAGAUUAAAUGUAGCGUGAAUCGGGCGUGAAGACGGAGGAAAGGACGAUACGGAAUUUGUCGAAGUGUGAAUAUUCGUUUCGAGUGGACGGUACUCGAGCGAAUAUACUUCUUCCCCGUGAAAAUUGAUGAAAUGGUGAACUGUCAACACCUCUACAAAAUGAGAAUAUGAAUAUAAUUCGAACAACCGUAAAGAAUAAUAAUCGGUCGGGUCUGAAAGGUAAUCGUGACGAUUUUUAAUAGGGAUUAUUAGUUCAAAGCCGAGAGGCCCCGGCUAAGAGCGAUGUCGGUUUUAACAUGCAAGAGAACAACGAAUGCAAAGAUCGUGGCUCUCGAAUGCUAAGUUCCUAUAAUAAUGGCAGAUAAUGUACACAGAAAAUCGCAUAAGCUAUCGGAUGGUAGUAGAAAAAUAUCGAAUCCAGUGCAUCGUACGACCACCGAGACGAUUCGGUUAGGAGAGCCAGAGAAACUGUACCAGCCGGUUAGUUUGACCAGUUCGAGCAACGUGACGGCCAGUAACCAGUGUCGAAAAAAGACAUCUUCUUUCCAAAUAACAAGCGUUACCGUUGGUUCUCGUAUGAGCAAUGAUGCCGGCGAAGAUUCGAACGAUGAUCUCGAUGAGUCGCAUACGGAGGACAAUUCAGUCGAACACUCGCGUACCACCGACAUGGACAUUGAAACACCUAGCUAUUCGGAAGACACCUUCUCCAAAGAGGAUGUAUUCUUUAAUACAAGUAACGCUGCCCUCAGCACUGCUCCGGUGAUUCCUACAAGUUCACAGUAUGGUCUGGCAAUCGUGCCCUCAGAAGGGAAUAACGUUAGUAAUUCGGUAAAUGAUAGUAAUAUCAAUACAUUGGAUAUUACGUCUGUUACUGACAACAAUAUUAUCAAUUUACUUUCGAGUAAUGCCAAACAAGAUGCAGAUCUACGUGAAGUACACUCGCAUGGUAGAAACGAAAGAUUUAAAGUGGUCAAGAUCGAAAGUACUGAACCUUUUAAAAGGGGCAGAUGGACUUGCAUGGAUUAUUUGGAUCAUACAUCAGUUAAUCAACCGACAGCAAUCAGUACACCUAAAGUGUCUGAUCCAAAUGAGGUAUGCAUAUCGUAUGGGGUUACAGACAGUGGAAUCGUUAUACCUGAUGCACCUAAACAAUCAGUCGUAUCCGAAGAUAAAGGUAUGGGCAUUGAUGCUAAUGGACAAGUAUCUGUACAUACAGAUGUGCAUACAUCGAUCGGUGUACCAAACAACCCUACACCAGUUUCAAGUGCUAAUUAUGCAGUAAGCAAUUCCAUUCCUCCCAAUGCACAGCAUAAUCCAACGCAAGUUCAAACGCAAACUAAAGUUCAACCACCUUCGCAAAUUCCCCAAUAUUUUCAAUCUUCUGCUCAACAAUUGGCAUCUCAGCAACAACAACAAACUGGACAAGGUUCCACGUUACCUUCCAAUCUGCAGCCAACCCAUCCCAGUAAUUUGACUCAACCUCAAAGUAUGCCCCAAGGUUCUAUUCCUAUUAUAACACAGACUGGCAAUAGCAAUGUGACACCCCAACAAAACAUACCUCAUUCAAAAGAAGAUACAUAUGUGACAGUGAGCACACAAAAUCAGUCAUUACCAGUUCAAAACGUUUGUCAACCCUCUGUGCAGCAAACACCUGUACCAACAUCCCAGGCACCUAAUAUUCUUGUUACGCAGCAACAGCAACAACAUGCUGCUCAACAGCAGCAACAGCAACAUCCUCCAACUCAGCAGCAACCACAACAGCAGCAGCAAUCCCAACAGCAGCAGCAACAGCAGCCUCAACCUCAACAACCAUUACAAACACAAAAACCAAUGACUCAAAUAUCUGAGCCAUUGACUGCCAUACAAGGAAUGCAGGGCAUCCAAAAUAUUCAUAAAGUUCCUCAAACAGGUGCACAGCAAACUUCAUCAACUAUUCAUGCUCCUGGAGCACCAGUGCAAUCCCAAGUGAUACCACCAUCUCAAAUGCAAUCUUCAACUUCUGGUAGCAAUGCCCAAGUACAAAUGGCACAGGUAUCAGCUACCUGCCAAAAUGUUGUAGGAGGUAUGCAGCAGGGAAAUAUGACAUUUCAUCAACCAGAUCCGGAGCAGGAUUCUAUUUCAGGCAUUGUAGCUGGAUCUACCACUCAAUCAGCUGAUACAACCCUUUUAGAAUCACUAACUGAAGUCACUCAAGGCAGCGAUGAACAUCAUACCCUCGAAGAUAAUGAAAGUAUGUCGGGGACUAGUGCUGUAGCAAUUGAUAAUAAGAUCGAGCAAGCCAUGGAUCUUGUCAAGAGUCACUUGAUGUUUGCUGUACGAGAAGAAGUUGAAGUACUCAAAGAAAAAAUAGCCGAGCUUAUGGAUCGUAUAAAUCAAUUGGAAGCUGAAAAUUCAAUCCUGAAAGCACACGCGACUCCAGAAACAUUGGCUCAAUUGAGCCAAUCAACAGCAAAAUUACCCCAAAACAAUUCAGGAAGUGGUCAAUAGAGCGUCUUCUGAAGCUAGUAACAUCAACAGCUGUGCAGGGGACAACUCUAACAGCAUACCAGUUAUUUUAGCAGCUAAUGCGGGUUGCAAUGCAUAAACCUGUACAAGGUAACGGAUGGGAAUUGGAGGAUGAACUACCAGCUCCAGAAUUACUGCUUCCUUCAACAGAACUGGAUGGAUGAAAAACUCGAGCUUCAAAAGACAAUGCUCUACGCGUCUCUCGACAUUUUCCAGAAGAUCGAGGAUUCUGAAAUAAGAUAUCUCUUGUAAAAAAAGAAGAAUAGAAGAACAUUGUCUUUCUUCUUUUUUAUUUUUUAUAAUAAUUAUACUUACUUGUCGUCUUAAA